GUGGCGCCGUUGCUAGGGGGCCGUUGCUAGGCGCGCUGCGUAGCCUACGUGGGGGUGCGCGCGACAGUGGCGGGAAGCUCGAGCUGUGGAGCCAUGUCACGAGGUAGCAGGCGGGGGCGCAGGCCGGGAGGCUCUGUGCGGAGCCCGGGUGUUGGAGGGUUUGAGGACGCAGGGAUCAUGCAGUCUGGGGGCCAGGCAUCGCGCGCAGCCCCCUGGGUCUCCCCAGCAUGGCAGCACCCGUUCGUCAACGUGUUCAGACACUUCAAGGUGGACGAGUGGAAGCGCUCCGCCAAGGAGGGCGACGUGGCUGCGGUGAUGGACGGAACCCUGAAGCGCAGCGUGUACCGCGUCCGGGGCGCUGUGUCAGCCAGCAACUACGUCCAGCUGCCCCAGACCAGCUCGCAGUCGCUGGGGCUGACCGGCCGCUACCUGUACGUGCUCUUCCGGCCGCUGCCGGCCAAGCACUUCCUCAUCCACCUGGACGUGGCCGCUGAGGAUGGCCAGGUGGUGCGAGUGUCCUUCUCCAACCUCUUCAAAGAGUUCAAGUCCACAGCCACUUGGCUCCAGUUCCCCUUCGUCUGUGAGGUGGGGGCGUCGGGGAGAGGUAAUGGGAGGGUGGCCAGGGAGGGGCUGCCCCCUUUGGCUCCCCGCUGGACCUGCCUGCAGCUGGACCUUCGGGACACCCUCCUGCUCUACCUGAACCGGCGCUACGGGCACCUCAAGAGCGUCCGCCUGUGUGCCAGUCUGUUGGUCAGGAACCUGUACACCAGCGACCUGAGUUUUGACCCUGCUGUCACUGUCGUGGAGGCCCGACGUGCCAAGUUGGCCGUCACCCCCGUGCCUCGAGAGAUGGCAUUCCCUGUGCCCAGCGGGGAGAGCUGGCACGACCGCUAUGUCCACGUCCGGUUUCCGGGCGACGGCUUGAAAGUGCCCUCUGGAGUAAACCAGAAAAGCCCAGCUUCUCCUGAGGCAGUGUUCCCAGGCCGCAGACCCCAGCUUCUCCCCCGGCGGGGAGCGUCCAGCACCCCUCAGGAUAGUGAGGCCCAGAGGCCUGGCCACACGGUUGUGAGUGCCGCUGUGUCCCUGGGCUGCGGUGAAGGGGGCCCCUCAGCUCUGAGGGCUCAGGCCCCCUUAGCACCCAGAUCCCUUGCUGAAGGCAACCCGGCUGGUGUGCAUCUGUGUGACUUCAGUGUGGGUGGCCCCCACUGCCCAAAGCGCUCGUCCUCAUCCUCGGCUGGCAGCAAUAGCCGUAAGCUUGCCCACCUGCCCACUGUGAUGUCCCUGUCUGCUCACCAGCCUUCAGGCAGUGAGCAGAGCUGGCAGGAGGUGGCAGGGGACAGGACCUCGCCCAAACAAACGAGCUUUCUCCCAGAUCCUCUUCUAAGGCUCAAGGGAGUCAUCGGAUUUGGGGGCCAUAGCACCAGAUGGGCCCUGUGGAUAGAGAGCGGCACCUCGGUCCUCUACCCCUGCCACGCCGUCAUUGUGCUUCUGCAGCUUGACAGCCGGGAACAGCGCUUCCUUCUUGGCCACACGGACAAGGUCUGUGCCAUGGCUCUGGAUGGGAGUGGCUCAAUGUUGGCCUCCGCCCAGGCCCGGGCCCCCAGCAUGGUCCGCCUCUGGGAUGUUUGCAGCGGGGACUGUCUGUCCCUGUUCCGGACCCCGACCCAUACCAUCAGUGCUCUCAGCCUGUCCCACAGUGGGGCGCUGCUCUGUGGAGUUGGCAAAGACCGCCAUGGCCGGACGGUGGUGGUGGCAUGGGGCACUGAGCAGGUGCGUCGCAGUGGUGAGGUGGUCCUGCUGGCCAAGGUACACACAGACGUGGACAUCCAGGCGUUUGAGUUCUCCUGCUUUGAUGAGACCAGGAUGGCGUCCUGUGGACGGGGUAGCGUUCGGCUGUGGCGGCUCCGAGGUGGGGAGCUGCGCUCCUGCUCCGUGGACCUGGGGGAGCACCACGCACUGGACUUCACUGACCUGGCCUUCGGGCAGACCCCAGACAGCCACGCACUCUAUGUGAGUGGUCCCAGUGGCCACAUCCUGGAGGUGGAUGUCCAGCGCUUGGCUGUACAGCAUGCCCGCCGCCUGCUGCCCAACCUGACCCCUGGAAGCCCCACUCCCCACAGGCAGACCUUCAGCUCAGGCUCUGCUGUUGCCAUCUACAGCCUCAGCAUACAAGGGGCCCUGUGCGCUGUGGGCUCUGAGGACGGCUUGCUGCGCCUCUGGCCCCUGGACUUCUCCUCAGUGCUCUUGGAGGCAGAGCACGAGGGCCCAGUCUGUACCGUGAGCAUCAGCCCCGAUGGCCAGCGUGUGCUCUCCACCACCUCCCUGGGCCAACUGGGCUUCCUGGACGUGCUGUCACGGGAGUACCACGUGCUGGUACGCUCCCACACUGCCCCAGUGCUGGGCUUCGCCAUGGACGGUAGCCAGGGCCAGCUGGCCACUGUGUCCCAGGAUGGUACGGUCCGAAUCUGGGAUCUGCAGACCCAGCAGCAGCUGUACGACUUUGUGUCACCUGCGGACGUGCCGUGUGCUGUGGCCUUCCACCCCAAGCGGUCGGCCUUCUUCUGUGGCUUUACCAGCGGGGCCGUGCGUGUCUGCAGCCUGAAAGUCCCUGAGGUCCUGGAGGAGCACCGGUGCCACCAAGGAACCAUCACUGGUCUGGUCGCCAGCCCUGAUGGUAGCUACCUGUUCAGCUCCUGCUCUCAGGGUACCCUGGCCCAGUACCACUGUGCCGACCACCCAAGUCGCGUGCUGCGGAGGGCAGCUGACAUGGUGUGGCGGGCCACCCCCUUAAGUCCCAACGCCCUAGCUGUUAGUGGAGAUAGCCGCCUGCUGGCCUUUGUGGGCCCCUCGCCACACACGGUGACAGUUGCCAAAGCAGCCUCCUUGGAUGAGCUGCUGCGGGUGGAUGUGAGUGCCCUGGACUUGACUAGUGGCCGCCUGGACUUCGCUGUGGCUGUGAGCUUUGGCCCAGUCCCUCCCGGCCACCUGUUGGUGUCCACCUCCUCCCCCACAGUCUUGGUGCUGGAUUCCGUGACGGGCCGUGUGCUCCGGGAGCUGAGUGGCCUUUACCCCGCGGGCUGUCCCUCCUUGGCACUUAGCGGGGAUGCCCGCUUCCUGCUCAUGGCCGCUGACCAGGCUGUCAAGGUGUGGGAGCACUCCACGCAGGCUGGCCCCAGUUGCCAGGUGUACAUUGGCCACUCGGAGCCGGUGCGGGCUGUGUCCUUCACCCCUGACCAGCGGCAGGUCCUCAGUGCAGGGGACGCCGUCUUCCUCUGGGAUAUCCUGGUUCCUGCUGAGUGCUCGCCCCCGGGAAGGCAAGUUCCGCCCCCACACGUCACUGACCUUCUGUGGCCAAGCCUCUUCUCCAGUAUCCCAGGAUCACCUAGGGUCCCCCUGGCUCCUGAGACUGGCCCAGGUGCAGCCCAGCUGGAGAGUGCAAUGCCUGAGGUUGGUGGGGACCCCCUGCAGCAAGUACCCACCCCUGCCCAGGUCUCUCAGUCCUGGCUGGGCCUCCUCACUAGCAGUGAAGGCACCUCCUCCGAUUCAAGAGAGGCUGUCCAGCAGAGCCCUGGCCUACCGGGGCUGCACCAGGUCCCUGACCCACCUGCACUGGUGCAACAGGCUGACAGGACCGCCACCAGGGGAUGCAACUGUGCUCCGUGCCCCCACAGCUGGCUCACUGCCCGGAGCCCCAGGAAGGCCGAGGCCCUGCCUGUUACCCGCCCAGAUUGCUACAAACACUUUACCGCGCGCUAUAAGGUUUCUCAGCCUGCCAAGAGUGUCUCCCGCCCCCCAGCUGGCAGCGAGCAGCUGCUCCUGAAGGCUGUGGUGGGCUACAAUGGGAAUGGGCGCGCCAACCUGGUCUGGAGUCCUGACACAGGGUUCUUCGCCUACACGUGUGGCUGCCUGGUCGUGGUGGAGGACCUGCACUCCGGUGCCCAGCGACACUGGGUUGGCCACCCAGAGGAGGUCUCCACGCUGGCCCUCAGCCACAAUGCCCAGAUCCUGGCCUCCGCCUCUGGCCAUGGCCCCGCUGCGCCCCAGUGCCACCUCUACCUCUGGGACGUCCCUAGUGGCAGCUUCCAGCAGCUGCGCAAGCACCACCAUAGUGCAGUGCAGGCCCUGGCCUUCUCGCCGGACGACCGGUUCCUCAUCACGCUGGGGGACUACUGCGACCGUGCCCUGGCCCUGUGGAGCACGGCCACCUGUGAGCUCCUGGCCUCCACCGUCCUCCUGGAGCCAGCGCACAGUGUGGCCUUCAGUCCCUGGGAUGCAGGUCGGCUGGCCUGUGUGGGCCCAGCUCUCACCUUCUGGCGGCUGCAGCAGCAUGGGGCCAGCACCGGCCUGCAGGUGCACCAGGCACCCGUACCGAAGGCAGUGGGGGUGGGGGAGCUGACUUCCAUGUGCUUCGGAGCCGAGCCCCUGCUCUACUGUGGCUCCAACUGCGGCCAGGUCUGCGUCUGGGACAUGCUUGCUCAGCGCUGCUUCCUGACCUGGGAGGCCGACGAUGGAGAGAUCGGGGUGCUGCAGUGCUCAGGCACCCGGCUGGUCAGCGGCAGCAACACCCGGCGACUGCGGCUGUGGGCUGUGGGGGCCGUGCAGGAGCUGUGCUGCAGGGGCUCAAGUGCCAGGUCCAGCUCCGUGUCCAUGGAGCGAGAGCUGAGCCUGGAUGGGGCGGUGGUGAGUGCUGUCUUCCACGGGAGCAUGGACAUGGGCGUUGUGGGCACCACGGCAGGCACACUGUGGUACGUCAGCUGGGCCGAGGGCACCAGCACACGCCUCGUCAGCGGCCACCGCAGCAAGGUGAACGAGGUGGCCUUCAGCCCUGACGAGUCCCACUGUGCCACGUGCGGGGAAGACGGGAGCGUGCGAGUGUGGGCCCUGGGCAGCAUGGAGUUGCUCAUCCAGUUCCAGGUGCUUAACCAGAGCUGCCUCUGCCUGGUGUGGAGCCCCCCGUCCUGUGGCAGGCCGGAGCAGCAGCAGGUGGCGGCGGGCUACAGCGACGGCACCCUGCGUGUCUUCAGCAUCUCACGCACGGCCAUGGAGCUCAAGAUGCGCCCGCACGCGGUUGCACUGACGGCCAUUGCCUUCUCCACAGACGGUCAGACCCUCCUGUCCGGAGACAAAGACGGGCUGGUGGCUGUGAACCGCCCCCGCACCGGGAUGACCCUGCGUGUGCUGCGUGACCACCAGAGUGCCCCCAUCUCCACUCUCCAGAGCACGGGCAAGCCCGGAGAGGUUGGAGUGGACCUGUGGCUAGCGGCCAGUGGGGACCAGCGGGUCAGCGUCUGGGUGUCAGACUGGCUGCGGGACCGAUGUGAGCUGCACGACUGGCUUAGCUUUCCGGCACCUGUCAUCCCGGAGGCCGCCCACCCUCCACCUUCGCUGGCCGCCUUCUGCCCCUGGAACCCAGCACUGCUGGUGUGUGCGGGCCUGGGCUCGGACCCCCAGCUGCUCUUCUACAGCCUUCGGAGGAAGCAGGUGGUGCGGACUGUGCCGCUGCCCUGCUUUGCCAUCUCCCUGAGCCUGUCCCCCAGCCCCUGCGUCCUGGCCAUCGGCUUUGCUGAGCGCCUACUGAGCCUGCUGGAUUGUGCGUCGGGAGCCUGGCAGGACUUCUUGGCCCAUGAGGACGGGGUGCAGCUGUGCCGGUUCACCCCGUCUUCGCAGCUGCUCUUCACAGCCGCACACAGCGAGAUCCUGGUGUGGGAGGUCUUUGCGGGAGUGUCGGCCACGUGUGUCUGCCAGGACCCGGAUGGCCUGUGGUUGGAGGGGUCCUCACGUGUAGCUUCCUUGUCCACCUGAACAAAUAAACGUGUUUGGCUUCGCA